ACACUGUAUGUCACCGUCAUCAAAGGGGCUGUGCAUAAACCUGAAAAACCAAACGGACCUGUCUGUAGGUGUUACUUAUACACAGGGCUGCAGGUGCCCUUAUUUCCACUGUUCACCGUGCUGGCAGCGCCUGCCUUCUCUGGCCACAGAACCUCCUCCUUGGACCUACUCUCCGCUGUCCUCACGAUGAUGUUGGACUCAGUGACACACAGCACCUUCCUGCCCAAUGCGUCCUUCUGCGACCCCCUGAUGUCCUGGACUGAUCUGUUCAGCAGUGAAGAGUAUUAUCCUGCCUUUGAGCAUCAGACAGCCGGUGACCCCUACUGGACGUCGGUGCACCCCGAGUACUGGACGAAGCGCCACGUCUGGGAGUGGCUCCAGUUCUGCUGCGAGCAGUACAGGCUGGACGCCAGCGGCAUCUCCUUCUGCCAUUUCAACGUCAGCGGCCUGCAGCUGUGCAGCAUGACACAGGAGGAGUUCAGAGAGGCGGCCGGCGUCUGCGGGGAGUACCUGUACUUUAUCCUCCAGAACAUCCGCGCGCAAGGUUACUCCUUUUUUAACGACACUGAAGAGACCAAGGCCGCCAUCAGAGACUGUGCUGAUUCCAACUGCUUGAAAACAAGUGGCAUCAAAGGUCAGGACUGUCCCAGCCACAGUCGAGCAAGCCUCCAAAGUUCUCAUCUAUGGGAAUUUGUGCGAGACCUGCUUCUAUCUCCUGAAGAAAACUGUGGCAUUCUCGAAUGGGAAGAUAGGGAGCAAGGUAUUUUUCGGGUCGUUAAAUCAGAAGCCCUGGCAAAGAUGUGGGGACAGAGGAAGAAAAACGACAGAAUGACGUACGAAAAGCUGAGCAGAGCCCUGCGGUACUACUACAAAACGGGGAUUCUGGAGCGGGUCGACCGGAGGUUAGUGUACAAGUUUGGAAAGAAUGCACACGGGUGGCAGGAGGACAAGCUAUGAUCUGCUCCGUCAUCAAGCUCGUUUUAUGGAUUUCUGUCCUUUAAAACAAUCAAAUUGCAAUAGACAUUUGAAAGUCUUUGUUGUUUUUUUUUAAAACCUGUAAUACAUGCUGAUAAAAUUUCCCCACAUCUCAGCUUACAUUUGGAUCCAGAGUUGCUGUUAUCUGCUUGGGGCGGUGGCAGCAACCCUUCAGAAGUUCUUUUUCUUCCACCUGAGGGAGGAGGGGAUGACCUUUUGUGGUUCCUUGAGCAAACGUUACUUCCCUAAUAAGAGCUGCAGACCCACAGCAGCCGGUGCCACUGGUGCUGCCCAGAGAAGAAGGCUCCAGGUCUGCCCUCGGAGACUCAUCCGCUGCUCCCGUCCCAAAGGCUCGAAAGUUUUCACGUAUUUAACUUCGGCAGCUCACAAAGGAAGAAAAAGUGAUAGUUUGUAAUUCAUAGAGUGGGAGGGGGUGAGACAUGAGUAAGACAACUGUAGAUUUCAAAUUAAGGUUAAAUUCCAUAGAAAAGUCUCUUAAUUAGUAAAAGAGACAAGCCCUCAAGGUGGGACAUAGCUGGAUUUAGCAUCGGUUAAUAGUAAAUUUCUUCACCGGAACCUGUUUUUGGCCGCUCAGCAAAACUCCCACCGCCAUCCUUCUAGAGUAACACACUUGAAAUUAGGCACACUACUAACUCUUGCUGAGGUCACCCCCAUCUUCUCCUACUGGUGGGGGGGCCUCAGGUAUGCAGAGUUAGUCGACAGACACUCCCCUCACUUUCCAAAUCACCAAAGUUUCUAUGACUCAAGCCGUCAACACAAUAAAAUCGUAAUUUAUUGAUUCUUUCUGUGGCCAAGAUAUGAAACCUUUGAAGAACUGGAAAUGUCCUGACAACUCUGUAAAGGCCAAUUAAAUUAUGAGUCUCUUUUGUUUUGUCUUCCUACCUGAUGUGUACUCAAGCUCUAAAACACAUAUUUCCUUGACAAAAAUAGCGGCAGUGAAUUACACCAGUAAAGCUCAUGGGUAAAGCCUGCACGGACAUUUCCCAUCCGUCACUGGUAGGGAGCCUUGCGCGGCCUGGAGUCAGUGGACUGCCCCUGGGACGUCCGCUUCCCCAGAGCAAGAAGCCCCGUGAGACAGGCGCUGAACCGCCACACAGGCUGAGCACCCCCGUGCCGAGAGCCUAACUCCAAAAGUAACUUGUUUUUAAAAAUGUGAAUUACUGUAAACUAAUCUAUUUUUGGAUUCAUGUGUUUUCCAGGCAGAUAUAGUUUGUAAACUAUGUGAAUAAAAUAUUUAAUGUGUUAAA